AUGACAAGUAUCAGUGAAGACAGUUUUAAAAUCAACUUAGACGUGUUGAGAUUCUUUGGUCUGUAUCCAUCAGACAAUAACUCAGUGUUAGUGAAAGUGAAGAGCGUCCUGUUCUAUCUUGUGUCGUAUAUUUUAGUAACAAUUUUGGUGUUUAUGGGCAUUUUAUCGGAGAAUAAUUACGACAAUCUACAAAUGAAUGUUAUCGUUAUAUGGUUAUGUGAAACAAUAGGUUUCACUUUUAAAGUUUUGCCUCUGCUCUUGGACGGACGACGGAUUAUGAACUGUGUGAAUUAUUUUGCUCAAUCAGAGUUCAAGCCGAUCGAUCGUGAAGAAAAGAAAAUUACAGAUGAGUGUAUCUCGGUGUGCCACAGAAAUUCUACAGCUUAUUUUUAUGGGAUUGCUGUGUGGGUGGUUGUUUGGACGCUUCCUGUUUUACUUUCCAAGGGUCGUGCACUUCCUAUAAAUUGUUGGUUGCCUUAUGAUCCUGCAGCUAAUCUCGUCAAUUAUUAUGGAACUUUGGUCUUUCUGUUUUCAGUCGUUGUGUAUGAUGCUUUCACUGGUACAAUGAUUGAUCCUGUAAUCGCUGGAUUAGCAUAUCAGGCAACCUGUCAGAUUAAAAUUUUGAAAUACAAUCUAGAGAACUUGGGGGUUGAUGAAAACUGCAACACCUAUGUGAAGUUUGAAGAAAUUUCUGAAAAAUUAAAGAGAUGCCUUAACCGUCACAUAAGCAUUUUAAAAUUUGUUGCUGAAUACGAAGACUGUUUUUCGUUGUGUGUGUUUUGUCAAAUAAUAGCAAGCACAGUGGGGUUGUGUUUUAUUUGUAUAGGGUUUAUUCUCGCUCAAACGAUAUUUUUUUAUUGUCACUAUGGGACUUUACUAUACGAAGAAAAUAACGGAGUGGUGACAGCAAUGUACAUGGGCUCUUGGUAUAAGUAUGAUGUCAGAAUUAGAAAGGUUUUAAUUACCAUCAUGGAACGUUCUAAAAAACCAAUGAUUUUAACUUCUGGAAAAGUGGUUAAACUGACUCUUGAAACAUUUGCUUCGGCGAAAGUCAACGUGUGGGAUGAUUAUCGCUUAGAUAUAACUUACUACGUCAAAUAUCCACUUCCUACACUACUUGCGAAAUAUCCUAUCACAGUUAUUAUAUCUGAUUUUUAUUCCAUGUUGAUAUUUUUUUAUGCCAUUUUCGAAACGGAUGUGGGCUGCAUUUUUGGUUGCUUAUGGUCAUGA